UUUUAGAAACAAACAAGUUAUACUUAGAUAUUUUGCUGUAGACAAUUAUGCUAGUUAAAAUAUUUAUUUAUCAAAUUAAUCAGACCUUGAUUGAAUUGAGUUUUAAUACUGAUAUCAAUAAGUUUUUAUCGAUAUGAAGAAAAAUAAUGGAUUUAUAUUCUAUGAAGAAUACUUUCAGUAAAUUUUAAUGAGAUAGUAAAUAAAUAACAUAUUCUUAUUCUGUGCAAUAUAUAAUAUUAUAUAAUUUACGUUACAAAGUAUGUUGCAUAAACUGAGAUUAGACUAGGAUGUUAUCAUCCUGUAUCAUUGACGCUCAUUGUCAGCUUGCUCGUUCAUUGGACGAUGCUACACUCGUGUGGGGGUAUAUUUUUAGAAGAGAGAGUCAGUUGUAAAGACUUGCUUGAACGUUCAGUAUCAUUCAUUGUGUCUGAUCGUUCAGUAUAUCUUCCACAAAGAGAAGAAAUGGCCAUCGCGCUCGUAUCCUUGAUUCUCGUAGCAUUGGUAGCUCUCUAUUUUUACUUGACGAAGAAUUACGAUUAUUGGCAAAAGCGUAAUGUACCUUGCGUGGAUGGUGCUUUACCCGGAGUCGGCCACUUCUGGAACGUCAUCACCAUGAAAACUACCUUCUCUGAAUGCUGUCGCAAGAUCUACAAUAAUAAUCGGAAUCGCAGUAUGGUGGGAAUCUACAACUUCAGAUCACCAGCGUUGAUAGUUCUCGAACCAGAAUUAGUGAAAACAGUAAUGCAAACAAGUUUUGCAAACUUUCACGAGAAUGGUUUUAAGAUUGAUCCUGAGUUGGAUCCUCUUUUGGCAAACAAUCCAUUCUUUACCAGCGGCGAGAAGUGGGCAACUGGCAGGAAGCGUUUGACUUAUGCAUUUUCCAGUAUGCGACUAAAGAUUCUGCUCGAGAGCGUUGAGGAAGUAUGCCAGCAGUUCGAGAAUUACUUGGAUAAAAAAUUGAACAAAGUCGAAAAAAUCGAAUUGGAGCUGAAGGAUUUGUUUGCCAGAUUCACCGCACAAGUUGUAACUGGCGCUGGUUUUGGCAUAGAUGGAUUAAGCUUUAAUGAGGAAAAGGAGAAGGAAUCUUUUUAUGCGAUGGGCAAAUCCUUUCUUGACCCGACCGGUGUGAACAAUAUUAUAUUUAUACUUAUUUUCUUUGUGCCUUUGCUAGGUAAACUUUUUAGGAUGCCGUUUUUACCAAAGAAAGCCGAUCGUUUCUUUAGAACGAUAAUUGCGGAUGUAAUGGAACAAAGAAGAUCGGAGAAGGUAUCCAGAAAUGACUUUCUUCAGUUAAUGGCUGAACUGGAACGAGUGGAGGGUACUAAAAUUGAUUUAGAGGUUCUUGUAUCUCACGCAGUUUCGUUUUUUAUUGAUGGGUAUGAGACCUCCAGUACAGUUUUGAGCUUUGCUGGUUUUCAAUUAGCUAGUCACCCAGAUGUGCAGGAAAAAUUACGCAAUGAAGUAAUAUCUGUGCUUGACAAGUAUGAUGGCGUGAUUACUUAUGAAGCUUUAAAAGAGAUGACGUACAUGGAUCAAGUCAUAAGCGAAUCACAGAGAUGCGUCCCUGCAGUGGGAUUUCUGACCAAGAUUUGUACAGAAGCAACCGAACUCAAAGGAUCUGAUGGACUCACCUGUCACGUUGAUCGUGGAAUGCAAAUUCUGAUACCUGUUCAUGGUCUGCAGGAAGAUCCUCGAUAUUGGGAACGUCCUGAAGUAUUUGACCCCGAAAGAUUCGGUCCGGACAGGAAACAUAGCAUCGAGAGAUUUGCUUUUCUUCCUUUCGGUGAAGGUCCGCGAAUCUGCGUAGGGAUGAGAAUGGCUCAAUUACAAAUGAAAGCGUGUCUGGCUACACUUCUAAGGAAAUAUAGUCUUGAACUUUCUCCGAAAACUCGUACACCCUUGAAGAUGAUGGCUUCGUUCUUUUUGGCUGCAGCUGAAGGUGGUCUUUGGGCCUAUAUUCGACCGAUUCAUUAGAAUGGUUUUCGUAACAUUUUAGAGUUGACAUUUUUCCUUAAUUUUCUGUUUAUAUAAUUAUAUAAAUAAUAAUUGUAUAGUUUUUGUUUAUGUUAUUUGAUGCCAAAAUAUGUGUAUAAAUCAUGCACAUUAUUUAAUUUAUUUUGCUCUUAUUUUAACUAUUUUAUUACUACAGUGUUAAAUGAAGAAAGAGAGAGGUAGAACAAUUUAAUAAGCAAGAUAUUUUUUGCAAGAUUUUAAAUUUAUUACUUCUGUAAUUUUGCUAUAUCAUUAAUCAUAUAUAAUAUCUAUUCCACGAUGUCUAAUUUGUUUAUUGAGACUACAAAUCCAAAAUAUAACAUGUGUUAAAUGAUGAUAAUAAAUAAAUUUUAUCUACGUGGAAAUUAAUAAUUAUGCCGUACAUUUCGUAUAGUUGUAGAGAAAUGUAUAAUUUAGAGAAAGAAUGUAAAAUUUAUAUUAUACAUAAUAUAAUUUGUGAUUUGCCA